CGAGAACUCAAAGUGUGGCUUAGACUGAAACACCAGACCAUUGUUCCGCUACUUGGCUUCGCAUACGUGAAUUCCUCAUCCAAGUUCCCGGCUCUCGUCUCCCAGUGGAUGCCAUCUGGAAUGUUAUCCGUCUACCUCAAAGAAACUACUAUCAUUACUGCUUUUGCCAAAGUCAAGGGUGUUGCUGCUGGCCUCGAUUAUCUUCAUGGAUCGAAUAUGGUACAUGGAAACAUUACGAGUUCUAACGUUCUGGUUGACAUCAAGGAAGGAGAAUACAUAGCACGCUUAACAGGCUUCAGUCUGGCGACAAUUUUCAGUGGUUGUUUAGGUGACCGCACAUUCGGAUCAAAUGUUCGAACUGGUGCCAUCAGAUGGAUCGCACCCGAGUUGCUGAAGGUACAUGACCAACCUGCUAAUGGUGCACCGACUACGCAAACCGACAUUUAUUCAUUUGGUCGCGUCAUGUUUCAUGUGUUAACACUGGUCAUUCCUUGGAAUGAUAUGAACGACAUCGUAGUUCUUCAAAGAAUUCUAAGAGGAGAAGACAUUUCCCGUCCUGCGACACCCGAUAUGACAACAGCACGCUGGAAUGAGAUUGCGCAAUGUUGGUCGUCUGAUGUAUCUGCUCGUCCCCCCUUGUGUCCCCUCGCUCCCUCACCUGUCCUCGCAUCACUUACACUGCGGCACGCUCGCUUAAGGCACUCGCACAGUCUCUCAAUGGCCUAG